AUGGGCUGCGCGGAGAGCGGCGUAGCUUGUGUGGCUCCAGUGUGUCGGCGGAGACCUAGCGGCGAAGGCUUGGAGUUGACGAACGUGACGCUCGAGAGGGAGAGCCUAAGUGAUGCAUUUGGUGCCCGCAUCAUCGACACCGAGAGCACCGAGAUGGGCUUGAUGAUCGUGCGCGUCAUUGCCGGAAGCCCGCUGAGCCGAUGGAACGCGAGCAACCCGUCGAAGGCCGUGGCCCCGGGUGACUGCAUCGCCGAGACGAACGGCCACACCGAGACGUGGCAGAUCAUGGAGGAGCUGGCCAAAGCCACGACCGUGGAGAUGGUCGUUCGCCGCGCUCCGCCCGGCGCGACGGCCUUUGUCGAGCGCUGCAGCGUCACGGACGAGAGCCUGAGGGCGACCGCGCUCGUCCUGAGGCGCACCGUGCGGGCCGGCGACGUGCCCACGGACCAGUGCGCCAUCUGCCUGGAGGGCGUGGACGUAGACGAGCGCAUCGCAGGACUCGAGUGCGGGCACGGGUUCCACCAGCGGUGCAUACUGCGGUGGCUGGGGCGCCAUGGUUCAGUCGGAGUCCAUCUGGCUGCGUGA